AUGGAGAAGAGCAGCCCGAGGAUGACGGGCGGAACCCGGGAGACGCCGGUGAACUCCUCUCCGGCGGUCGCGGCCAACGCGGAGGGCGAGGAAAUCGAGGUUUUGGAAAGCACCGACGUCCUGCCCGUCGCUCCAGAGGACCAAUGGAAGUCUCUGUUUGACAAGUAUGACCCGGAGAAUUCGGGCUUCAUCAGCACGGAGCGCUUCAGGGACCUUCUGGCGACCCACGGCUCCGAGCUGGACCCCCACAAACUGGAGGUCCUGCUGGCCCUCGCUGAUGGCAACGCUGAUGGAAAGAUCUGCUACCAAGACUUUGUCAACCUGAUGAGUAACAAGCGCUCCAACAGUUUCCGGAGGGCCAUCCUGCAGGGGAGCCGGCAGCUCAAAGGCUGCAGUCUCCGAGAUGAAGUGGGCUUGGGGCUGUCCCAGCGGCUUGUCCGACACGUCGCCUACGAGACGCUGCCCCGCGAGGUCGACCGCAAGUGGUACUUUGACAGCUACACCUACUGUCCCCCACCCUGGCUCAUCCUGGCUAUCACCAUUGCUGAGGUAGCCGUGUUCAUGUAUUACGGCUUCCAGCUGGACCGCUUGGUCCUGCAGGUGUCCAGCCCGUACUUCCUGAAGAGCCCUUUGCCGUACCAUCCCCAGCUCCGAGCCCAGGCCUGGAGGUACCUCAGCUACAUUUUCAUGCACACCGGGAUUGAACACCUGAGCCUGAACAUGGCCAUGCAGCUGCUGGUGGGAGUCCCUCUAGAAAUGGUCCACGGGGCCUUGCGGAUCGGACUGGUCUAUGUGUGUGGUGUGCUGGCAGGGUCUCUGGCAGUGUCCGUCACCGAUAUGACGGCUCCCGUGGUCGGGUCAUCAGGUGGAGUGUACGCUCUGGUCUCGGCACAUCUGGCCAAUGUAGUAAUGAAUUGGUCGGGAAUGAAGUGUCAGUUUAAGUUAUUCCGGAUGGCCAUGGCUCUGGUGUGCAUGAGUGUAGAGUUUGGUCGGGCGGUGUGGCUGCGGUUCUACCCUCCCGCCUUCCCUCCGUGCCCCAAUCCCAGCUUCAUAGCUCACCUGGGUGGGGUGGUGGUUGGUCUGACGCUGGGUGUGGUGGUCCUGCAGAACUACGAGCAGCGGCUCCAGGAGCAGUCCCUGUUUUGGAUCUUUUUCUUUGUCUACACCUUGUUUGUGCUCUGCGCCGUCUUCUGGAACAUCUUCGCCUACAGCUUGCUUGACGUGCGACUGCCGCCGCCACCGUGACUCGCUUAUUAGAGGCAGACAAAACACUGCAUUCCCUUUAUUGCUCCAUCGGUAGAUGCUUGACCGCCUGGCUGGAUGAGUCACCUCGGCCCUCAUGUUCGGGGCCUCAUCGGGGGGGGAUCAGAGUCGUCUGACAGCCGCCCUCCUCGUACAUCCAGAUGCAGGAAGGCACCUAACAUGCAGCAGACCUUUUUCUCGCCCUCAUCACACCUUUCUCAGCCCACCUGCGACCUUUUCAGGUUAAGCCUUACCAUCAGUCCUACUUAUCAUGCAAGCUAACCUCCACCUGCUCUUUGUCUACAUGUCUGCUGGACGUUUGUCUCAAGAGUAUCAGCCAGUAGGACAUUUGUUGACAACAUUGUGUUGAAAAAUGAGAAGCUCUGGAUCUAACACAACAGCAACAAGCAGGAGCAGUGCUGUCCACAUGGCUUAACCUUCUCUGCCUCUCCCUCCUCAAUCCAACGGUGCCUUCUCGUGGAGAUGCCAGUCUGAUGAAAGUAUUUCUGCACAGUUGCCUCUUGUGUAGGGUGACGGCAGUGAAACCCUGCAGUACAAACCAUUUUCAGACAGAGACGUUCCUGAAAGUCCUGUAAUCUGCCUGCACCGUCAUCAUCAGCAAAUGAAGAAUAAGGUCAUGUGAGAAUUUAGGCUUAGUUGGUGUUUUGUCGUUGUUACAAGCGGCUCAUACAAAGAGAAGACAGUGAAGCUGCAAAGAGGUUUAGAUUAAGCAAACAGUAGAGAGAG